AUGGCAACUAUGCUGAACUACCCAGCUACCGAGAGGUCGGUUCAUGGCUGUUCUGGCAAACUGCAUGACGAUGGUCCAUUGGACGCAACACCCCUGAACAAGGGCCUCCGUGAGGAGCAUCUUCUGCGUUAUGUCUCCAACUGGAGUGUGUCUACGCGCAGCAACAGCAGCAGCGACGAUCUCAACAAGUUUGAGAGUGACGAUGAGAAGCGUCACUGCCCCUCGACAGACGAUGGUGCCUGUGACUCGGAUGCCCUCUCCGAGGAUGCAGCUUCCUCCCUCGCGUGGGAAACAGCAAGCGAGGGGACAAGCUGCUGCGAGGAAGUACCUGAGACUUUGGACAUUUGCCCUGUAACUUCACUCCUCGACAAACCACAGGCAACAGGAGUCGGGGACGACAGCCCAGGUCGCCGAAGGCCUCUGCCACGCUGCCGGAGUGACUCCAAUGUUGCUGUCGCAAGAUCUGUCAGGGCAAUCCUGAACAAGCUUACCCUCGAGAAAUUCCAGCUGCUUUACGAGCAGCUGACUUCUGGGAUCAGGACCCAGGACCAUGUGCAGAUCCUGCUUGAAGAGGUGUUCGACAAGGCGCUGGUCCAGCACCCCUUCUUGCCCAUGUACGCAGAUCUUUGUGCUCGCCUGGCUGCGGAUGUGCGGACCCAGGAUGGUUUUGAACAUUCGCUUAUGGAAAUGUGCCGAACCUGCUUCGCACAGUUGUUCGUGGAGGAAGAAGAUGCUGGCAACUACGACCCAGAGGAGGCCCGGAUUCGGAGGAAGCAUCGCUGCCUGGGCACGGUGAAGUGGAUUGGCGAGCUGCUUACGCGCGGCCUACUCCGCUCCCGCCUGCUGUGCACAUGCGUGCAGCAACUGCUCAAGGAACGCCAGAGAUGUCCAGAGUUCGUUGAGUUCGCGGCAGCGUUGCUGCGCUCAGCGGGCAAGACCUUCGAUGUGUCCACUUGGGAUCAACGGCCACAGCUUCUGGAGCUCUUUGCAGAAAUCGAGGAAUUGUCCACCAGUGGAUCUUUGCCCCUCCGGCUCCGAUUCUUGUUGAGGGAUCUGCUGGAGCUGCGAGCAGCCGGAUGGCAGUCAGCGAGGCCGCCGCCAAAACCCUGCGAGGAGGCGCGGACUUCGGGUGCCCGUCCACAGUCAACCAGGCAGCUUCCCACGACGUCUGCAAGUACCAGUUUGGCACCGAGAGACAAGGCGUCGGGCUUUGAUCAGGUCGCCUUUCGGCGCCUGCUCGCGGGCACCCUGCGGGAUCUCCGGGCAGAUCGCGAUGCCAAAAAGGCGCUUGGGCGCCUGAAGGCAGCUGCGGUCCCCCGGAGACUGCAGGCCACGGAGUUCUCUGACAUGAUCACACGCGUCGCGGAGGAUGCGUCUGGGCCUGCCAGGCGUGCGUCCUUCGCUGUGCUGCUUGGUCUGAGCCUGGGGAAGGACAGCGCGUUCCAUCCUGAGGAGUGUGUCCGCGGCACCGCCAUCUUCUUCCGCGAGGUCUAUCAGGACCUUUGCGACCAAGUACCCAGGCUCUCUGUGGUGAUGUCAACUGAGCUGCUGCCGCUGCUACGGAAGUCCUGGGCGUCCGUAGACUUCGGCAGCUUCCUGCCAAAGGAGCUCCAGUGA